GUUACACCGAUGCAGCAUGAAGAAGGAGCAAGUUGUGAAUUGUCAGUUUUCGGCCUGGUACCCGCUGUUUAAAAAGCACACGAUUAAAAGCGUUAUUCUUGCCUUACCUCAGAAUGUGAUCGACUAUCUGCUAGAUGAUGGAACGUUGGUAGUGUCUGGCAGCCACUCACCACCGUCUCAGACAAACAACAAUGACUUUGAUGAAGACGAGGAAGUCCAGUGGUCCGACGAUGAGACGACUGCAAUUGUAACAGCCCCCGAGUUCCCAGAAUUCAACGCCAAGGUGCAAGAAGCCAUAAACGCUCUCGGGGGCAGCGUCUUCCCCAAGCUCAACUGGAGUGCCCCACGGGAUGCCAACUGGAUUGCCCUCAACAGCUCCCUGAAGUGCCGCAGCUUGAGCGACAUCUUUCUGCUGUUCAAGAGCUCUGACUUCAUCACCCAUGACCUCACGCAACCGUUCCUCCAGUGCAGUGAUGACUCUCCAGACCCACCGAUCAGCUAUGAGCUCGUCCUCAGGAAGUGGAGUGAGCUGAUCCCCGGGGGAGAGUUCAGGUGCUUUGUCAAGGAAAACAAGCUGAUAGGUAUCUCCCAGAGAGACUACACUCAGCACUACCAGCACAUCUCUAAGCAGCAGCUCGACAUCUGCCAUGCCAUCCAGGAGUUCUUCACGAACCACAUCCAGUACAAGUUCUUGGAUGAGGACUUUGUUUUUGAUGUUUACAGAGACAGCCAGGGUAGAGUCUGGUUGAUUGAUCUAAACCCCUUUGGAGAAGUCACCAAUUCCCUGCUCUUCACCUGGGAGGAACUGACCUCUGGACAGAACCUGAGGGCCGAGCAGGCUGAAGGAGCCCUUUCCCAGCAGGAUGGCCCUUUGUUCCGCUACACCACCAGUGAGGUGACAGUCCAGCCCAGCCCAUGUCUCAGCUACAGGAUCCCACGGGACUUUGUGGACUUGUCCACUGGAGAGGAUGCUUAUAAACUCAUCGACUUCCUGAAGCUGAAGAAAAACCAGCAACAGGAGGAGUCUGAUGAGGAGGCGUGAGAGCAGCAGGAUCAGCAGCCCCCUGCAGAGUCACCUAGUGUAGCGCAGGGUGCAUGCACACAGAACUGGGGGCGGGGGGGUCUGGGCUGCUGCCAUGCCGGACUGGUGAGAACCUACUCUGCUCCACUUCGACGCGCCUCAGUCACCCCUCAACAGCCCUAAACACACCCCUCUCUCCACACAUUGGCUCAUCUUUCAUAAUAGGCUUGGGUGCGGUCGAAGUGUGAAGCUGGGCGAUUCCCAUGACACUCAGAGAACAUGGGUAGUGACUCUGCUUGCCAGGUUCCACCACAGCACCCGACAACACUGGUCUCGGAAACCACGGUCCUCUCUGUUAAUCUCUGAGGUCCAUCAGCAGCUAAUGGAGUCAUGUUAACAGGUGUGGCAGCUGCUCCGGGGGUCGGGGGGGGGGGUCCUCAUAUAUCUGUAAAUGGAACUGUGUGUAUCUCACAUGUCUGGAGAUCACUUGUGGAGCACAGAGGACAAAAGAAGCAGUUCCAAUAAUAUUCAGUGUUUUCGAGUUAUUGAGUGUUUUUGGUUUCCUCCCCCAUUUUUCGCUGUGCAGAGUAACAGCGCAGAACGGAGCUAUGCGGCUUCUUCCAGCACAGUGUUAUUUAUUUCAAUUGACCAAGAAAUAUGCAAUUUCUGCAGACAUUCCACUCUCAGAUCGUUAAUGUGGGCCUUGCUGUGGUGGGUGGCGGUGUUGAACUCACGGUGACUACAUUUGUACGCCCAUUUCGGGCUCUAAUAAAACACAGAUGUGCUGUAGCUCUGUUGUGUGUGCAAGAGGGUGUCAAGUUCACGUUUUAUGGCUGCCUGUUCAAAUAUGUGUGCUGUGGUUGCAUAACUAGGACAUUUUACAAUAUAAACAUGUUUUACAUCAUUGUCUUUAAUUAUGGUUAUAAUGACAGCGGUAAGUUACAUGCCACAGCUUGUUGACUUUAUGUAUGUAAGGGAUGAAAAGAUCACAAGCAACGACAGGCGGCUUAUAAAGACAUCACAAGCCAGUAACUGAGCUUUAACCCCAUAAGGUUCCUCAGGAUUUAGUAAAUAUUUAGUAAAUACUAAAUUAUAAAUGGUGAAAGCGUUCAAACCUAGCCCAACCUCUGAAAGCUUAACUUUAAAUAUACUCAAUAAACAAAUAUUUCAAUUCACUUUUAGGUAUGAAACCUAUUUUUCUCUGUAUUAAAAAUAUUUAAAAAUUUUAAUAUUAGUGUCUAGAGCAUUGAAAACUAGGAAAUUAUGUGUAUAUAUGGUAAUCAAACCCAGUCACAAAAGCCAGAUAUUUAAGGAACAAAUGAUCAGCAUAAAUAGAAAUGUCAGGCACUAUAUGAAUAUAUCAUAUGGAGUGGAGGUGAGUGAUAUGUUGUGUGAAAGUCUGAGUGCUGCAAAAGUCUCAGAUACAGCAGCUGAAAGUGUUAUUUGUGAAAUGUACAUGUAGCAAGGACACAUGAAAAUAUGGAUACUCAGAAUUUGUUUUCCUUUCAAUUUCCAGCACAUCCAAAGACCCUUUACAUUUAUUUUAUGAUGCUUUUCUCCAAAGGGACUUUAUGAGUUAAGCUACUGGCACUGACUUUACCAUUUAUACAGCUGGGUAAUUUUUACUGUGUCAGGUUAGGGUAAGUAAAUGGAGGUGGGGGGGUAGUGGAACAGGGGAUUGCGCUACUGCCUCAAAGCGCCUGGGCUAGUUGGGUGUUGGUUUGAGUCUAGCUCACUGUGUGUGGACUUGGUAUGCUCUUCCUGUGUCUGUGGGUUUUCUCCCGCGACUCUGGUUUCCUCUCACACUCCAGAGCCAUGCAGUUAGCGUGAAUCGGAUGCUUUAAAUUGCCCGCUGUGUAUAAGUCUAUGAGUGUGUGGCUACCCUGUGAUGGACUGGUGUCCUGUCCAGGGUGUUCGCCACCCCCCAAGCCUUGUGCCCAGGAUUCCAGGAUAGGCUCUGGACUGCCAUGACCCUGAUCAGGAUAAGUGGUUACUGAGAGUGACUAAGAGAGGUGAAGAAAGUGCAGUUCAAAAUAAGAAAUCUCGAAAUGUUUGUGACUUUAAAAAUCUGUACAUUGGGCAUUCAUAACACAAGAACAAAUUCAGUGAAACUGCAUUUCUUUGGAUGGUGGGGGAAACUCCUGCAAACUCCACCAAGAUUCAUUCAAAUCCAGAGCCCCGGGAUUGAGAACUACCACAGCCAGUCUUAUCACACUUUGAUGUGUCAGGCUGGGAAAAGUCAUAUUUUCAUUGACGAAAAUACCUUGGAAUAUGCAAACAGUGUCAGUGUCCUCCUCUAGGGGGCGACGUGCACCUAAAAACGUGCAGACUGUAAUUUGUCCAUUUUCAGUACUCACUCCUCCAUGGUGGGUAGGGCGACCCAAAGGUGGUCCUUCACCAGUCCACCUAAGCGGUGCCAUUAACAUGUGAUGGGAAACCAGAGCACCCUGAAGAAAUGCAGCAAAAGCUGGACGGAAUACGUUGCGGAAUGAUUAGAGCUGCUGGGAAGGACCUGGAUUCAUAUUUCACUUCUUGCUGUAGAACUGUUGAUCAAGGUACUUACUGAGUCAAUACAAUAAAAAUGACCUUGCUGUAUAAAUAGGUAAAUCACUGUAAAUGGUUUUAGAUAAAUGUCAGAGAAAUAAAUUUAUAACACCCAA